CCGGCUUAUUUGUUUUGGUUUUGGUUCACACACACGAUCGAUGCUGUUGCGAGGAGUUGUUUGCUGUCGCAUCGCAUCUCAUCAAAUCUCACGGCAAAGACACCACUCUUGCCGAGGGAGUGUCAUCGAAGGCCAUCGUUCGAUUGACAAAUUCAUCCAUCAAUCGACAACCGACACACAUCAAUCGUGAUCACGYGUAGCUGUAUUUUUUUUCUGUUCUGUUCAUUAAACCCAUCUCGAAGUACUUAUUUCCACGGACACAGUACAACAAAAUAGUUUCAGUAUCAGUGUCAGCGCCAGUAUUUGCAUAAUUAUUGUCUACUUCCGAAGCUUUCUUGGGUAGUUCUGUCACCAUGGCGAGUUCGAUAAGGUCCUCUUCACUGUCUUCCAAACCGGGACCGUUGGCCAAGGCCGGUAACAAGUCCCCSAAGCCCUUUCACGGCCCAAAGUUUUUCAAGGUCCUGGGGCGGAUCGACGAGGAAUCUUCCUUUCGCUCCAGCAGCAUUAGCAACCUGAUGUCGCAGGAUAUUUCGCGGGACUACUCUACCACCAGCAGCGACGAGGCAUCCACGGAAUUGUGGGAAAUGCCUCUGUCUCCUUCGGAACGAUGCGGCAGCGGAAGUAACGACCCGACGGGAGAGGAGCAAAAGUGCGGAGAGCCCUCAGUCCCGAUGCUCGGCCACCGACUCUGCCAGGCAACCAUUGUCACGACCAUUGACGACAGAUCCGAGCCGGAUACAGRCGUUGCCGAGGGCCGRCAAGACCAAUCCUCGCCGGCGAUCCCUCYUUCUCUGCCUCCCACCGCGGUGGACGUGGUUUCGGCGGCCGGCACGCCGAGCCCGCACCGAGACCAGCGGGACCCGAACCAAUACAGACAAAAGCGGCAGCAGCGGCUGUUGGAGAGACARCGCUCGGAAAACGAYGCGCUCAGGGCGGAGUGCGAGGCACUGGAGAGAACCAUUCUUCAGAUGCGAAACRAAGGCAACCUGCUGCGGAUGCGGACCUCCCUCCGGCUCAACAACUUCAAGGACGAGAUCGAGCGGGCAACCAGCGCCAAGCAAGCCCUGGAGGAAGAAUGCAGGGGCCUCCAGGACCAGAUACGGAGGGUCCGAGUCGAAUGCGCCGGGAAACAAGAGAAAAUCCGUCAGGCCGAAGAAGAUCUCAGGGAAAGACGCAAGAGGAGGCUGCGAGAGGAACGCGAGAGGAAAUUGGAACAGCAGCGCCGAUACAGCGGCGCGAGUGUUGCCACCAGCAGYAGUAGUAGUAGCAGCAGUAGCAGCACCAGAAGUAGCAACCACCGCCACCGGCAAUUUCACCACCACGGGGAUUUUGGAUGAAAAACGGUGUUGCUAGGGAGAGGUGAGCGCAUCGCUUGGCAGCGAAGAGGGGCUAAGCAACACACCACGAAGCGGGCAUCAACACACCGGAACGGAUGCGAUGCGAUGCGAUGCGAUGCGACGCAACAGCUCGCCAGGUGCACCAGAUUCAGUGCCACUCCCGGCGAGCAUAAAACCACCAUGAUUUAUAACAUAGACUCGAGUACACCAUUACUCGAGAUCACACACUAAAAUAGAACACCACCGAUAUAGACAAUCGUUCGUUGCCAAUGGCACACCACAACCAUCACAAAAUCAAAAUUUUUAUACMGU